CUUGUACCCAAUCUUUGUAUCCUCCACGGGCGGUUCGCGCCUCUCCCGCGCAACCUUUGAGAAUGCCACCCCGACUGUUCCGCAGAGGACCCGUUGUCGCCCUUAUCUUCGGCACAUCUGCCUUUGGUGGCGCUGCCUACCGGUGGCUCAAGCCUUCGUCGUCGCUGAAUCCCCACGACUUCACACCCUACACACUUAUCGAUAAACAGCGCGUCUCGUCUACAAGCUCCGUCUUCACGUUACGCCACAGCGAGGACGCUGCGAGCCCGGAGAGCAUCAGCGAGGUGUGGAAGCGCGGCGUAUGGAGUCUACAAGUCAAGCAGCCACAGUUGCAAAUCGCGAGAGCGUAUACACCUCUCCCCCCGAAGCCGGAAACACAUGGCGAAGAUGGGGACGAUGUCGAUGAUAUAAGGCUACUUAUACGGCAGGAGCAGGGUGGAGAGGUCUCGACGUAUCUACAUCGAUUGCCGGACCUGUCCACCAUCGAACUCAGAGGCCCCCAUGUAGAGUGCGAGCUGCCGCAGGAUGUCAAGGAAGUCAUUUUCCUAGCUGGAGGCACGGGGAUUGCGCCGGCGAUGCAGGUCGCGCAGGCUCUUGGGCAGGCAGCUGGCACCAGAAUGAGUGUGCUGUGGGCUAAUAGGCGUAGGGAGGAGUGCGUCGGCGGAGUCGGCGAUGUUGUGCCCACCGGAGAUGUUCAGAACAACUCUCGAGGAUGGAAGAAUCUGUUCGGUCUCAUGGGACAGAGUCCCGCGCAAAUGCCUGCUGGUGCCAUUGCUCACGAAACUAGUCGGAGCGAAAAAGGUGUCAUUGUGCAGGAGCUUGAAGCGUUAAAAACGCAGAGCAAAGCACGCUCCAACGGCCUUGAAGUGCAAUACUAUGUUGACGAGGAUAAGACAUUCAUCAAGGCCAGUGAUGUGGCGACCCGUCUACAAGCUCAAAAUAAGAAUGAAGGCGGCUCUAAGAUCAUCUUGGUGUCGGGUCCCGAAGGAUUUAUCGAGUACUGGGCGGGUAAGAAGGUGUGGACCGGGGGUCGCGAAGUGCAGGGUCCGUUGGGUGGGGUGCUGGGCCAAAUGGAUCUCAACGGCUGGAGAGUGAUUAAGCUGUAG